CACUUGUAACCGUAAUGAGCGGUUUUGUUGACGGAAAACAUUUCACAUAAUCCGUCAAUUUGGAAAUUUACAAAAAGAAUAGGGUGAUGAAAACUAUGAUACACAAUUACGUGGUGACGGCACACAAGCCGACUGCCGUUACAGCAUGCGUAACCGGAAAUUUCACCUCACCCACCGAUUUAAAUCUAAUCGUUGCAAAAAACACACGCUUAGAAAUCUAUUUGGUCACCCCGGAAGGGUUGAGGCCUGUUAAGGAGGUUUCUUUGUAUGGAAAAGUCGCUGUUAUGAAACUGUUUAGACCACAGCACGAAAAGAAAGAUCUCUUAUUUGUUAUUACGAUUAGAUAUAAUGCUAUGAUAUUGGAAUGUAUUAACGAUGGUGAUAAUUUGGAGAUUCUUACGAAAGCUCAUGGAAAUGUUUCCGAUCGAAUUGGUAAACCAUCCGAAAAUGGUAUUUUAGCUGUUAUUGAUCCUAAAGCAAGGGUUAUUGGGUUGAGGCUGUAUGAUGGGCUAUUCAAAAUUAUACCUUUAGAAAAAGAUAAUAAUGAAUUGAAAGCAUCCAGCAUUCGAAUGGAUGAAUUACAAGUACAUGAUAUAGAGUUUUUACACAGUUGUGUUAAUCCAACAAUAAUUUUAAUACAUCAAGAUUUAAAUGGUCGCCAUGUUAAAACUUAUGAGAUAUCAUUACGUGAUAAAGAAAUUAUAAAAACCCCUUGGAAACAAGAUAAUGUUGAAACAGAAGCAUCCAUGUUAAUUCCUGUACCAUCUCCUUUAUGUGGUGCUAUUAUAAUUGGACAGGAGAGCAUUUUAUAUCACAAUGGAAAUACUUCAGUGGUUGUAGCUCCACCAAUAAUAAAACAAAGUACAAUUGUAUGUUAUGCAAAAGUAGACCCUGGUGGUCUUCGUUAUCUGUUAGGAGACAUGGCGGGACAUUUGUUUAUGCUUUUCCUAGAUGUUGAAACUCGUGAAGGUGGAGAAUCAGCUGUUAAAGAUUUAAAAGUAGAACUUUUGGGUGAAAUUUCAACACCGGAAUGUAUAACAUACUUAGACAAUGGUGUAUUAUUUAUUGGUUCACGACUUGGCGAUUCACAACUUAUUAAGUUAAACACAAAACCUGAUGAACACGGUUCAUAUGUUACCCCAAUGGAGUCUUUUACAAAUCUUGCGCCGAUUUUAGACAUGUGUGUUGUUGAUCUUGAAAGACAAGGUCAAGGUCAAUUAGUAACGUGUUCUGGAUGUUUUAAAGAAGGAUCAUUAAGGAUAAUUCGUAAUGGAAUAGGGAUUCAAGAGCACGCCACUAUCGAUUUGCCUGGAAUUAAAGGAAUGUGGGCUUUAAAUAUUGCCUCUGGAAAUAAUUUGGAUAAUACUUUAGUAUUGGCUUUUGUUGGACAAACUAGGGUACUUAGUUUAAAUGGGGAAGACGUUGAAGAAACGGAUAUUUUAGGAUUCGUUUCUGAUAAACAAACGUUUUAUUGCGGAAAUGUAAUCCAUGAUCAAAUCGUACAAGUUACUCCCGUUUCUGUAAGAUUGGUUUCUGCUCAAACGAAAAAUUUAUUAUCUGAGUGGAAACCUCCUAAUGAUAAAAAUAUAAGUGUGGUUGCUUGUAAUGCCGAACAAAUUGUUAUGUCAACUGGAUCAAAAUUGUUUUAUAUAGAAAUUCAAGAAAAUGAAUUAAUUUUAAAGGGAGAAACAACUUUAGAUGUAGAAAUUGCUUGUUUAGAUAUAAGUCCAUUAGGAGAUGGGUCAACAAGAACCGAUCUUGUUGCUGUUGGAUUAUGGACAGAUAUAUCAGCUAGAAUUUUACAUCUUCCUGAUUUAUCAGAAUCAACGAAAGAAAAUCUUGGCGGAGAGAUCAUACCUCGUUCAGUUUUAAUGACUCAAUUCGAAGGUCAAAACUAUUUACUUUGCGCUUUAGGAGAUGGAUCAAUGUUUUAUUUUAUCUUAAACAAAGAAAACGGAACAUUAUCUGACAAAAAAAAGGUUACAUUGGGUACUCAACCGACCGUUUUAAGAACGUUUAGGACAUUAAGUACAACCAAUGUGUUUGCAUGUUCUGAUCGACCCACAGUGAUUUAUUCCUCAAAUCAUAAACUUGUUUUUUCUAAUGUUAAUAUGAAGGAAGUUAAUCAUAUGUGUUCAUUAAAUGCUGAAGCUUAUCCAGACAGCUUAGCUUUAGCCACAGAUUCGUCAGUUACUAUUGGAACUAUUGAUGAAAUUCAAAAAUUACAUAUUAGAACUGUAUCUUUACAAGAAUCUCCAAGAAGAAUUGCGUAUCAAGAACAAUCACAAACGUUUGGUGUUUUAUCAGUAAGGAUGGAUAUACAGGAUUCAACCGGUUUGAAUCCAGCAAGACCCAGUGCAUCAACAAUGACACAAUCAAUAACAGCAUCAAGUAGUGUUGCUUCGUUAUCGUUAGGUAAAUCAAGCGGUAGUACGCAAAGUAACACAAAUACGACACCUGAAUAUGGGCAAGAAGUUGAAGUACAUAAUUUAUUAAUUAUUGAUCAACAUACAUUUGAAGUUUUACAUGCGCAUCAAUUUAUGCAUCAAGAAUACGCAAUGUCGUUAAUUUCUUGUCAAUUAGGUGAAGAUCCAAAUACUUAUUAUGUUGUUGGUACAGCUUUGGUAAACCCUGAAGAAGCCGAACCAAAACAAGGUCGUUUACUUUUAUUCCUGUGGGCGGAUAAUAAAUUAACAUUAAUUUCUGAAAAAGAUAUCAAAGGGUCUUGUUAUUCUUUAGCGGAUUUUAACGGAAAAUUAUUAACUUGUAUAAACAGUACGGUGAGACUUUUUGAAUGGACAGCUGAAAAAGAAUUGCGAUUGGAAUGUUCACAUUUUAACCAUAUAAUUUCAUUAUUUUGUAAAACGAAAGGUGAUUUCGUAUUGGUCGGUGAUUUAAUGCGUAGUAUGACUAUUCUACAAUACAAAACGAUGGAAGGGAAUUUUGAAGAGAUUGCAAGAGAUUAUAAUCCAAAUUGGAUGACAGCUAUUGAAAUUUUAGAUGAUGAUGUUUUCUUAGGUGCCGAAAAUUCUUAUAACAUUUUCGUUUGUCAAAAAGAUAGCGCUGCUCCUACUGACGAAGAACGAGCCCAAAUGCAAGAAGUUGGACAAUUUCACGUUGGUGAUAUGAUUAAUUGUUUUAGACACGGGUCUUUGGUGAUGCAAAAUUUAGGCGAAACAUCCACACCUACUUCUGGAUGCGUUCUUUUUGGUACAGUCGGAGGAGCUAUUGGUUUGGUGACGCAAAUCCCAACAGAUUUUUACGAUUUCUUAUUGGAAUUGCAAAAUAAACUUUCUACCGUAAUCAAAUCUGUUGGUAAAAUUGAACAUUCUUAUUGGAGAUCGUUUAAUACCGAUAUUAAAACCGAAGCUUGCGAAGGAUUUAUUGAUGGAGAUUUAAUUGAGAGCUUUUUGGAUUUAUCUCCAGAUAAAAUGAAAGAAGUUGCGGAAGGGUUACAAAUAACAGACGAAAGCAAUAUGAAACAAGAUUGUACAGUGGAUGAUUUAGUUAAAAUGGUUGAAGAUUUAACUAGGAUACAUUAGAAGUAGAGGUUUUUCUUUGCCAAAUAAAAAA